GGAAGACGAGACGGGACGUGACGACAGAUGCUGCAGUACAUAAACAUAUUACCCACCUCCUCACGCGCCAUCUUCUAGCUAAUAACCGGCCAGGAUAAAACACUGUGUUAAACCUUAGUGAGACUCAUUUCUAUCAAAAAUACUAAUUGUAUGAGCUAUAACGUUACUGAACAAUGAGUGAUAUUGAGGAUGGAAACUAUGAAGGACGGGUUAUUGACCGUGAAGGAUUUGAAGAGUUUUAUCCAAGAAUGAUGAAGAAAAAUUUCAAGAUAAAAGAAGGCUAAUGAAAACAUGUACAGAGCAGAACAUAGAAGUGGAAAGGGAGAAAAUGUGACGGAAGAAUGGUGUCAGAUAGAAGCGCUUGCAGUGUAAUGGCUAAAAUGAAACUGGUUUCAGUUUGGGUGAAGAGAGGAAAAACAGACCUGGAAUCAGAAAAUGAGAAAACUGAAAAAAGAAGAACGAAGAAGGAUAGAAAUCCUGAGAAAAGGGAGUAGCGUAAAGAAUCUGGAAGAAUGAAUGUGUCCCUAGGUUAAGGCUCACGCUCCCCACCUAAAUUGGAUCGCGGGAGUCCAGAUCGGGCCAAGUCGGAGAGCAGGUCCGGCUCCCCAAGCCCAGCCCGGGCCACCAAACGCUCUGAGUCCAGAUCCCGGUCUCGGUCCAAAACUAGGUCUCAUUCUAGGCGGCACUCAAACCGCCGCUAUAGCCGCUCACGCUCUCGGUCCUAUUCCCGCCGGAGGAAGUCCCGGUCUCGUUCCUACAGUCCCGAGUACCGCCGCAAGAAGAGCCAGAGCACUUCCCCUAUGUCGAACCGGCGCCGUCAAACUGGCAGCAGGAGCCAUGACUUCACAAAAGAAUCAAACGGUCAUGGGGGAGGAGAUGCUGAUGUUAGGGCGAACCCUGACCCCAGCACAUGCUUGGGGGUGUUUGGUUUGAGCCUGUACACCACAGAGCGCGACCUGAGGGAGGUGUUUUCCCGCCACGGUCCUCUGGCAGGGGUCAAUGUGGUUUACGACCAGCGCACGGGUCGCUCCCGUGGCUUCGCUUUUGUUUACUUCGAGAGAAUUGAGGAUUCCAAAGAGGCAAUGGAGCGAGCCAAUGGCAUGGAGCUGGACGGGAGGCGCAUCAGAGUGGAUUAUUCCAUUACUAAACGUGCUCAUACCCCCACACCUGGAAUCUACAUGGGCCGACCAACACACAAUGGUGGCGGUGGCGGUGGCAGUGGCAGUGGCGGUGGAAGCAGCAGCAGCAGGAGGGGGAGAGACUCGCAUUAUGACCGGGGCUAUGAGCGCUACGACAGAUAUGACGAGUAUGACUAUAGGUACAGUCGCAGGCGCUCUCCAUCACCCUACUACAGUCGAUACAGGUCUCGCUCACGGUCUCGCUCUUACAGCCCACGGCGAUACUAAGUUUCUUCUUUCAACGUUCAGCUUCCCUCCAAUAAUUGAUGGUGUGUGAUUCAUCAAGGUGUUUCUGAGGGGAACAUUUUGGAUUAGCAUGUCUAUAUCAGCAGAACUCUUAACGUUUUGAGAUGGUUCUCGUUUACAUGCAAUAGAUGUCUUAAGUUUUAGACGUUUUGAUGCAUCCAUGUUGAGUGUGAGCAAAGAAGUCUGCAACUGUUGCUUUGUUCUUUUAGACUUGCAUCCUUCUUUCCCUUUUUCAUUUUCUGCAGCAAUGAUACCUUUUUUUUUGUUUUUCUUCCUGUUAAGUGAUGGUUAAACGAUAUUCCUGAUCCUGAUUCCAUCAGAUGCAGAAAGUAAACUGGGUUUUAGUCAAUAAUGGUGACAUUUGAUUUUACAACCUGUAUUAAAUAAAUGUAUCAAUCCAGUAAAUCACAGCUUGAUCUCAAAGUUACCUAGCACUAACUGAGUCUACUGGUGAGUAGCAGGUAACAGGCUGUAAAAUGGAGUGUUACCAGCAAUCGGUGGUUGGUUCUUUUGUUCACAUUCAUUCUUUUUUUAGUCAAGGAAGUCAUCAUUUGAGUUUCUCCAGAGAGUUUUAUUAUCAUGUAUUACAUUUUGUAUUGUUUCUUUGUAUGGAAAUACAAAUAUAUGAAAACUCCA